AACGUUUUUCGUUCCUUAGCCUGGGGUAUUUAUGGGUUUGUAUUAGAGCGGUGGUGGUGGUGGUUUUGGGGGGUGGACAGGGACGCCCGAAACGAAAUCAAAACUGCAGCCGAUUUGCGCGGCCACGUCGAGCGAUCUCGCCGGCCACCCCGCUUCCACCGUCGCCUCGGAAACGUAGCAACACGUGGGGGCGAUCCGCUCCCUUCCACGUCGCCGCCCCCGUCGCCCCCGCGAUCCGCGAACCCCCCCCCCCCCUCUCGGUUCCUCCCCUUGUAUUCGGAUGCAUCCCUUCUGCUGCGCCCCGACGGUCCCCGUCUCCCCCGCUGCCGCUGCCCCGCCCCCCUCCCCUCCUCUAUGCCCCCGCCGCCGGCGCCCCCCGUCCGGUCCAACUCGGCCUCCGCCGCCGCCGUCCGGAGCCACGACGCCUCCCCUCACCACCACCAUCACAAUGGAUUCCGCUGGCCCGCCAACAACGGCGGCGGCGACCGGCCGGCGGGGUCGGACCUCGCCGCAGGGUCCCUGCGGUCCACGUCGCUGCGUGAGGGCCUCCUCCUCCACGGCGGGGACCACCGCGAGGUCAGGAUUAAUGAUAUCGUCGGCAAUGGGAUCGCCGGGAUCCUGUAUAAAUGGGUCAACUACGGCAGGGGGUGGCGGCCCCGGUGGUUCGUCCUCCAGGAUGGUGUCCUCUCCUACUACAAGAUCCACGGGCCCGAUCGGAUCGAGGUCAACUGCGAAACCGAGAAGGUGUCCAAGGUCAUUGGGGACGAGUCCAUGCGUCGUUUGUCCCGCCGCAAGAACGGCCAAUCUCAUCCACUCCGCAAACCCUUCGGCGAAGUCCAUCUCAAGGUUUCAUCGAUUAGAGAGAGUAAAUCGGACGACAGGAGGUUCUCGAUCUUUACGGGGACGAAGAGGCUGCACCUGAGGGCGGAGACGAGGGAGGACAGGGCGGCAUGGAUGGAGGCGCUGCGGGCGGUGAAGGAGAUGUUCCCGAGGAUGUCGAACAGCGAGCUGAUGGCGCCGACAGAAAACGUGGCGGUGUCGACGGGGAAGCUAAGGCAGAGGCUGCAGGAGGAGGGGGUCCGCGAAGCCGCCAUCCAGGACUGCGAGCAGAUCAUGAGGACCGAGUUCGCCUCGAUGCAGAACCAGCUUCUGCUCCUCAGGCAGAAGCAGUCUCUCCUCCUCGACACCCUUCGCCAAUUAGAGACAGAAAAGGUUGAUUUGGAGAAUACCCUUGUCGAUGAGAGCCAAAGACAGUCAAAAGAGUAUGGAUCUGCUUCUAGAUCAAGACAUGAGAAAUUUAGUGAGGGAAGUGCCAGUGAAACUGAGGAUGAGAAUGAAAGGCAUGAUGCUGCUGAAGAGGAGACUGAUGAUGAAGAAAACACAUUUUUUGAUACACGAGAUUUUCUCUCAUCAAGUUCUUUUAAAAGCAGUGAGUCUGAAUUUCAUAAAUCUGAAAUCGAUUCCGAUGAUGAGGAAUUUUAUGGAGUUGGUCAAGUUGAUGGUAAUGAUGCUUCGAUGAAGUCAGUGGGAACUAGUAACCCGUAUGUUAGGAGACGUAAAAAGUUGCCCGAACCAGUUGAAAAAGAGAAAGGAGUGAGCCUCUGGUCGAUGAUUAAGGAUAACAUUGGAAAGGAUCUCACCAAAGUUUGUCUUCCUGUGUAUUUUAAUGAACCAUUGUCAUCCUUACAGAAAUGUUUUGAAGAUCUGGAGUACUCCUACCUCCUUGACCGUGCAUAUGACUUGGGCAGAAAGGGAAAUGGUCUUAUGAGGAUUCUUAAUGUUGCUGCAUUUGCUGUUUCUGGAUAUUCUUCAACUGAUGGCAGACACUGCAAGCCUUUCAAUCCACUUUUGGGGGAAACAUAUGAAGCUGAUUAUCCAGACAAAGGCCUCCGGUUUUUCUCAGAAAAGGUCAGUCAUCACCCUAUGAUUGUCGCAUGUCACUGUGAGGGUAACGGAUGGAAGUUUUGGGGAGAUAGUAAUUUGAAAAGCAAGUUUUGGGGUCGUUCAAUUCAGCUUGAUCCUGUUGGUAUUCUAACACUUGAGUUUGAUGAUGGUGAAGUGUUUCAAUGGAGCAAGGUGACAACUUCCAUUUACAACCUUAUAUUGGGGAAACUUUAUUGUGAUCAUUAUGGUACCAUGCGCAUACAAGGAAAUCGUGAAUACUCAUGUAAACUAAAGUUCAAGGAGCAGUCAAUAAUAGAUCGCAACCCCCAUCAGGUGCAUGGCAUAGUUCAAGAUCGGAAUGGGAAAACAGUGGCAACACUCGUUGGAAAAUGGGACGAGAGCAUGCAUUUUGUUCAUGGAGAUUGCUUGGGUAAGGGCAAGGGAUCUGAACCAUUAUCUGAGGCCCACAUAUUGUGGAAUCGUAGCAAACCGCCUAAGAACCCCACGAGAUACAACCUUACACGCUUUGCAAUUACACUGAAUGAACUCACCCCUGGGUUAAAGGAAAAGCUGCCACCCACGGAUUCAAGGCUAAGACCUGAUCAGAGAUGCUUGGAAAAUGGGGAGUAUGAAAAGGCAAAUGCAGAGAAGUUGAGACUAGAACAGAGGCAACGACAGGCACGGAAGAUGCAGGAAAGUGGCUGGAAGCCUAGGUGGUUUGCCAAAGAUAAAGGAAGCGAUGCAUAUCGUUACAUCGGCGGUUAUUGGGAGGCCAGGGAAAAGGGGAAGUGGGAUGGAUGUCCUGAUAUCUUUGGCCAAAUCCCCAGUGAUCAAAUAAUCUGCUGACGGGCAGUUUGGAAUAGAAGCAGGCUCUUAUUCUUUUUUCCAUCCCCCCUCCCCUAUUGCUGUCUCUUUCAAUUGAUGGGAUCUCGUGAUUCCAUUCUGCAUGCUCGCCAUUUUCGAGCAUUCAAGGCCAUGUGGCUUGUAAACAAGGUAGAUGGUGUUUCUGAUAUCUGUUUUUUUUAUAGAAUAACAGAACCCUGUUCUUCUCCAAUACUUGCAAUGAAUUGAUUCGAGUAAAAUUGGGAUUAAAGAUGGA